AUCAUGACAUCGUCUGUCACUGUCAGAACAAUCGAAUUCAAAUUAAUAUUAAAAAUUUGGACUAUUCACGAUGACGACUAUCCGACCGUUCACUUGCGAGGACAUGCUCUAUUUUAACACGGUAAACCUAGACCCGUUAACCGAAACAUAUGGAUUAUCUUUCUACACUCAAUAUUUGGCGCACUGGCCUGAAUAUUUUCAAGUAGCUGAAUCUCCAAGUGGAGAAAUUAUGGGAUAUAUUAUGGGCAAGGCAGAAGGACAUGGUGAGAAUUGGCAUGGUCAUGUUACUGCACUGUCAGUUAAUCCUGAUUACAGAAGACUAGGAAUAGCAGCAACCUUGAUGAAUAUACUGGAAGAAGUUUCUGAAAAGAAAAAGGCCUACUUUGUGGAUUUAUUUGUAAGAGUGAGCAAUAAGGUGGCCAUCAAUAUGUACAAGAAUUUGGGAUACAUCGUGUAUCGGACGGUCCUGGAAUACUAUUCGGGAGAUCCAGAUGAAGAUGCUUAUGAUAUGAGAAAAGCAUGUUCAAGAGAUAUAAACAAAAAGUCUGUUGUGCCCUUGACACAUCCAGUUAGACCUGAGGAAGUUGAUUAAAAUGAACUACUUAAAAAAGUCUUUUUAUUUAUUCUAUAAUAUUUAUUAUUACAAAUC